CCAAAUUUCAUUAUCACCAAACCCCUCCAAUUACGUAAUAUACACUAUCGUCCAAACACAAACACAUCUCUACAAUUCCAGAACAUUAAAAAAAAAAAUACUCGCACUAAUAUAUAGUUUGUGAUAUUAAUUCUAUCAACUGAAUUAUCUAUCUUUAAUCCAUCACUUUAUUUUUAAAAAAAUGGCAUCGUCCCUAUCUCCAGUAAAGCGUCGUGCUACCACCGUGCACGGCGGAAGAGCGGCACCGAGACUCGCGGUCGCACAUACAAAUCCGGCCGUUAUAGAUGUUCAGGCCGGAAAUGUGAAGCAACACAAGUUAACGAAGUUGUUGCUAAAUGUGAACAUUCAGAAUAGUUUGGGACCGGUGCAUGUGGUGAUGUCGCCGGAGAACACCGUCGGAGAUUUGGUAAGGGCGGCGAUUGAGAUUUACGUGAAGGAGAAGCGGCGGCCUCUGUUGCCUAGUGGUGAUCCUCUGUGUUACGGGGUUCAUUACUCACAGUUCAGUUUGGAUAGUUUGAAGACAGAGGAGAAAGUGGUGAAUUUGGGAUGUCGAAGUUUCUUUCUUUGUCCAAAACCAAACAAUGUUGUCAAUUCAUCAUGUGUGGACAAAGCAAAGGCAAAAUCAAGAUCUCCACUUCCGUUAACAAAGCUCAUGGAUUUCGUUCUAUAACUUUUUCAUAUUCUAAACACUAUAUAUAGCUUUUUAUUUUAUUUUAUAUUUUUUCAUUUGAAUGUGUCACCUUUGCGAAUAUUGUAGAAAUUGAAUGUGCUAAAAUAUCUUGGGCUGAGUUAAAAUAUUCAUUCAACUUC